AUGGCAGAGCUGGGUAAUUAUCAGGGUCACUCGAAAGGAGGUACAAAGGGGAUCUUGAGAUGGGCAACUCAAGCUGCACAAAAGAUACCUGAAAAUUGGGAGGAAUUAUUAUAUACCAUCAAAGAGAAAGAUAUACUCUCUGUGCACUACAUUAAUUCUGACCAAACACAGGUUAUGUAUGUAAAAACUGAAGCAAAGCAAAUAUCAACUGUUGGCAAUGACGAGAAAUGUGCAUUUACCAUCAUGGUUUUCAUUUCAAAUGAUGGCACACUCCUACCCCUGCAAGCUAUCUAUCAAGGUUACUCGAAAGGGUUCUGCCUAAGCCAGUCCGCACUGAACUAUGAAAACUGUCUGCUGCAGAUACAGAAGACAAUCUGGCAAAUUGAUGUCUGGUCUAUGCACAGGUCAGAGGAGUUUCAUUCAUGGAUGAAGAUACAUCAUCCAACUAUUGGACUACACUACAAUGUUCAUUCUGUAAAUGCAGAUGAUUUCCCCACUGUUUGA